AUGUUCAACUUCACGCCGCUGCUGGGCGCGCAGUCGGACUCGCCCGCGUCGCAGUCGCUCGUCGAGCUGGAUGGAGGCGUCAAACUGCUGGUGGACGUCGGCUGGGACGAGACAUUCGACGUCGACAAGCUGCACGCGCUGGAGAAACACGUCUCCACUCUGUCCGUCAUCCUGCUCACCCACCCGACGCUCGACCACAUCGGCGCAUACGCUCACUGCUGCAAACACAUUGCGCUGUUCAGCAGGAUCCCCGUCUACGCGACCAACCCCGUCAUCAACCUGGGCCGAACCCUCCUCGCCGACCUCUACGCCUCCUCCCCCCUCGCCUCUUCCAUAAUCCCCGCCGCGGCCAUCGGGUCUUCUGCAGAUGGCGCUCCCAAUCUCUUGCUGCAACCUCCCACCGCCGACGAGAUCACCACCUACUUCAACCGUAUCCACCCACUCAAAUACAGCCAGCCUCACCAACCUAUCCCUUCGCCAUGGUCGCCGUCCAUCGGGAACCUCUCAAUCACAGCAUACUGUGCGGGACAUACUCCAGGUGGAACAAUAUGGCACAUCCAGCACAGCAUGGAGAGCAUUGUCUAUGCGGCAGACUGGAAUUUGAGCCGAGAGAAUCUAUUAUCGGGUGCUGCUUGGCUGGGCAACGGGAGUGAGAUCAUCGAGCCUUUGCGACGACCGACUGCUUUGGUAUGCAGCUCAAAGGGCAUUGAAAAGACGGAUGUCUUGCCCCGAAAGAAGAGGGACGAGGCGCUGAUUAGCCUGAUACGGGAAACGAUUGUUCACGGAGGCAAGGUUCUGGUACCAACGGAUUCAUCGGCGCGCGUGCUGGAGCUUGCAUUCAUUCUCAAUUCUACAUGGCAAGAAAACAUCAAUGGGCCACAUGCGGAAGUGUAUAAGCAAGCGAGAAUCUACAUGGCGAGCGGGUCGAGCACCAGCACUGUCCGGCAGCUACAGAGCAUGUUGGAGUGGAUGGACGAGAACAUCAUCCGAGAUGCCGAGGCGGCCAUGAACCAGGACCAGGGAGGCGAUCGCAAGAUACCGAAUCUCCUGGACUGGAAGCACGUCAAGCAGAUCGAGCGUCAAAGCCAAUUUGACAGAGCGAUACGGAGGUCACGGCCUGGCAUCUUCUUGGCCAGUGAUGCCUCGUUGGAAUGGGGCUUCUCGAAGCAGGCGUUGGAGAAGCUCGCUGGUGACUCGCGCAACUUGGUCAUUCUGACGGAGGAUGCGUCGUCAGCUAAAGGUGCGCAUUCUACCAUAGCCAAGCAGCUGGCAGACUGCUACAAUGGUCAGGCCAGCCUUCUGUCUCAGUCAACCAGCGCAAAGGUUGUCAACACCAGUGGACAGAGCCUUCUUCUUCGCAAUGCUGCCCCUUCCCCUCUGAGUACGGACGAGACAACACUCUACGAACAAUACAUCGCGCGGCAAAGACAAUUACAUAGCAAUCUGCAGGGCGACGACAGUACCAACGACGGCACGGCGAACGAAAUUGCAGACGAGCAGGCAGAGGAAUCUUCCGAUGAUGAAGAUGAAGACGAGGAGCAGCAAGGCAGAGCACUCAACGCUUCGGCGCAAAUGCAGCAGACCAACAAGCGAAAGGCGGCCCUGUCGGAUGCAGAACUAGGCAUCAAUGUUUUACUGAAGAGUAAAAAUGUGCACGACUUCGAUGUUCGCAACAAGCGUGGUAGGGAAAAGAUGUUUCCCUACCUGCCACACCGAACCAAGUCGGAUGCGUUUGGAGAGAUAAUCCGGCCUGAGGACUACCUCCGCGCCGAAGAGCGUGAGGACGUUGAUGGCGUGGACAUGCGAGAUGGGAUCAAACAGGAAGCAGCGGCUGUCGGUCAGAAGAGGAAAUGGGAUGAGCUUGCUGCCACGACCAAUGCCAAGAGUAAAGGCCAAAAGAAGGAAAAGGCGGAUCAGAACAAGAAGCCAAAGGUUGAACGCGAGCCUGACGACAUUGAUGCGCUCAUAGCACGAGCCACUGGAGAAGGCGAUCCCACUUCGGGCGGUGCAAACGGGGCGGUCUCCGAGGAAAGCGGGAGUGACAGCGACUACGAGCCGGAGGAUGUGGCAUCGGAAGGACCGCAGAAGGUCGUCUUCACGGAGCAGACCAUUGAGCUGCAGUUGAGGAUCGCGCAUAUUGAUUUCACCGGCCUCCAUGAGCGGAGAGAUCUGUCCAUGAUUAUACCCCUAGUCCGACCGCGGAAUCUCAUUCUGAUAUCUGGAACAACAUCGGAAACGCAGGCGUUGGCGGAAGAAGCAAGGCAAUUGCUCUCUGGCGAAGGUGGAGAGUCGGAAUCUUGUGUCUUCUCACCGCUGGUGGGCGAGAUGGUGGACGCCAGUGUCGAUACCAAUGCUUGGACGCUCAUGCUGAGUCGGGAGCUUGUGAAGAAGCUCACCUGGCAGAACGUCAAGGGGCUUGGUGUGGUCGCUCUUACUGGUCGCCUCGACGUACUGCCUAUCGAACAGCCGGAUGCAGAAGAGGAAACCGCGAAGAAGAAAGUUAAACUCACUGAAGGCGGAAAGACCGCAUCAGAAGACGAACGGAAGCAUGUUCCAGCCAUCCCUGUUCUCGACCUCAUCAAUACGGCCAGCACCGCCUCACAGCGGGCUACUCAACCAGUGCACGUGGGAGAUUUGCGCCUAGCCGAAUUCCGCAAGAUGAUGCUGGGUUUGGGGCAUACGGCUGAUUUCCGGGGUGAAGGUACUCUUCUCAUCGACGGGACUGUUGUUGUGAGGAAAUCUGCGACUGGGAGAAUUGAAGUUGAAGCUUCCGGCCUUGGCUUAUUGCAGCCUCAGUUCCGGACUCGCGACAUGGAGGGCAGCUUUUUCGCGGUAAGGAAGGCUAUCUAUGGGGGUCUGGGGGUUGUCAGUGGUGUAUGA